CCUUCACCCUGAUACGCACUCGACGUUGCAAACUUGCAAAUCCCAUCGGAAAUAUCUUCCUCGCCGCCGGCGCUGUCGCCGCCGCCGCCGCCAUGCUCCAUCUCCGGCAGCGCAUCGUUUCCCAUAUCAUCUCCUCCUCCGCCACCUCUGCCGUCUCCUCCUCCGCCACCUCUGCCAUCUCCUCACUCCGCCGCGUCCUCUGCGCAGCCGCCGCCCCCGUUUCCCCGAACCCCAGUGGAUUCGCCGUCGAGGAGUACCUCGUCGGCACCUGCGGCCUCACCCGAUCCCAAGCCAUCAAGGCCGCCAAGAAGCUCUCCCACCUCAAAUCCCCCGCCAAACCCAACGCCGUCCUCGCCUUCCUCUCCGGCCUCGGCCUCUCCCGUGCCGACGCCGCCGCCGUCGUCACCAAAGAUCCGCUUUUCCUCUGCGCCGGCGUGGAGAGAACCUUGGUCCCCGUCGUCGACGGCCUCACCGGCCUCGGCCUCUCGCGUUCCGAGAUUGGCGGCCUCGUCUCCCUUGUUCACUGCCGCUUCCGCUGCAGAACCAUCGUCUCUAAGCUGCGCUACUACCUGCCCCUCUUCGGCUCAUUCGAGGGCUUACGCCGGCUGCUCAAGGAUCAAUCCCACCUUCUCUCGAGCGACCUUGACAAGGUGCUGAAGCCCAAUAUUGUGUGCCUUCAGGAGUGCGGGUUAGGUGGUUGUGAUAUUGCCAAGCUGUCUAUCAGUGCGCCGAGGAUACUGGCAACUAACCCGGAGCGCAUCCGGGCAAUGGCGGCAUGUGCUGAAAGAUUAGGUGUGCGCCGGGGCUCUGGUAUGUUCAGGCAAGGGCUGCAGGCUGUCGCAUUCCUUGGUGAGGAGAAGAUUGCCGCCAAAGUGGAUUAUUUGAAGAAGACGUUCAAGUGGUCCGAUACUGAGGUGGCUAUUUCUCUGUCUAAGGCUCCAAUGUUGCUGAAGAGAUCUAAAGACAUGCUUAGGCGCAGGUCUGAGUUCCUGAUAUCUGAAGUGGGGUUGGAACCGGCCUACAUUGCUCAUCGGCCUGUAAUACUCUAUUAUAGCCUGGAGGGCCGGCUCAGGCCUCGACACUAUGUUUUAAAGUUUCUCAAGGAAAAUGGAUUGGCCGAUCGUGACUGCAGCUUCUAUAGUGCCGUCAUGGUGACCGACAAGGAUUUCGUGGACAAGUACAUAUGCCCUCACAAGGAAGCUGCGCCACACCUCGCUCAAGACUAUGCAACCGCUUGCAAAGGGGAGGUGCCAACCAAUUUCAGAUUUUUACUUGAACCAAAAGUGGGCUGAGGAAAUUGGUUGCUAUGUAUUGCGCAACAAAGUUUUCACUCUGCAUAGUAAGUAAGCUGGUAGUUCCUGUUUUGGUGUUCUUUGCCAAACUAGAUGUUGAUUGUUUUCUGUAGUAUGCCUGUGACAUGCUAGUUUGGUCAUUGGUAACUCCUAUGAUUCUAUUAAUUUUGUUCCUGACCCCUGAUAUGUUGAUGUUGUCAUUCCUUUGAGAAGAUGUUUGUGUUCUCCUGAUAAUUUUAUUCCUGAACCCUAAAGUCUAACUAUAUUUUCCUAAAUCAUGGCUGAGCGAAAUAUGUAUUGCUAGUUCCAUUCUAUCCUGUGUUCAGAUUUUAAGAGUGAUCUGGGAAGUAGGAUUUGCCGGCACUCCACCUUCAGAUACGUGGACAUGGACCAAUGCAGCCUGCCAAGAUGGUGCUCUGUGAGAUCAAACUUCUUCCACCAAGAAGGGCAUUUGGCCUCAAACUCUGCUUUUUUGUUUUUGUUUUUUUAGAAUUACUCCUCAAUUUAUCUGGUAGACAUCCCUUUGUUAGUAAGAAAUCGAUCUAUUUUUAAUGUGAUUUAGGUAUGCUUCUUCCAGUCAUUUGUUGAUUUCGUUACUGAAAUCUGCCUUUGCUUCUCUGUGUCAUUGCUUCAUUCCAUCCAAUAGUUUGUAAACCACUGGAACAAUAUCAUGUGAAAAGAUUAGUGUCCUGGUUAUAUUUUGCCUCUCUUUUAUGCGGUCCUGUUUUUUGUUUGCCAUCUUGUUUACGGAUUAUUUGUUAGUGCUCUUUUGCAUCGCAAUCUUGUGCUUUGGUUGUCAGAUUGCCGCUGUUUGUGAUCUUGUAACAGAUUUCUGUGGUGUUGCCCCUGCUGUUUUCUGUUGUUUCCAUACAGGUUAAAUAGGGAUACAUACUUAUACAAAUGAAAAUACUGUUUUAAUCCGUUUCGGAAAAAGAACUGUUUUAAUGGCUGGCACAGUAAAGUUGCUGUUUAGGUAAUGGUCACAGCAGAUUUGAAGAGCAUGGUUUUUCUAUUUGCACGGUCUUAUUUGGAUAUAGUAGACUAGACCUGGAGAUAGAUAGCCUUGGGCAUGAAACUGGAGAGACUUAAAUACACACGAGCUAGUGAAUUCCAUGAUCUUUAUUUUCAUCUGAAAUUUUAAUUAGUGGUGUCGAUAUUUGAAGCUAGGCUCCGGCUUACUCAAAUGGUAGUGAGGUUUGGUGGUCCUUUACAUACAGUGUAUAUUUCUUAAUUUGGUGUGAUUUGUACACAAAAAAUACGACACAUUCUAGUUAUUAAUGGUGAUAAUUUCAUUGGUUCUCUGACUUGAUUCCUAUUUAGAUUCCAGCCUAUUUGCAUAGUAGAGCAUAACUAGCUGAACUUUUUAGGACACUGCUGUCCAUAAUUUCAUUGGUGUGAUUUCUAACGUCCAAUUCUAACUAGCUGAACUUUUUAGGACACUGAUGUCCAUAAUUUAGUGCCUAAGAUGCACUGCCCUGAAAUUUAUGGCCUGUUGUUGAUAUAUUUGUAUUGCUUAAACGCAGAAUGGUAGAUACACUGUUAUGAAUUUUUAGGAUUUCAGCUGCUGUUUAUAUCCCUGAGUGGCUAAUUUCAACUCAAAUCCAGAUCAUUACCUGCUCAUAAGCUGCAGGUACUAAUUGCCAUCUUCAUACUGGAUCGGUUGAGUUGGGAGCUAUGUACCAGUUAUGUCUGAUUAAUCAUGUGUUCUGCUGUAAUCAUCCAAUGUUUUUGCUCCGCUACCUUGCUUUAGAUUUCCUCGCCGGCAGGAAAUUUCCAUGUGUUUUGGGGUAUUGUGGAUGGUUUUGUUCUGAAACGUGUAACUGUAGUCCUGAAAGUUUCUGAAGUUGGUGCUUCUUUGACAUUGCUAUUCUGAACUUUAUUAUGAUGUCAGUUCAAUAUUCUUUUUUGUAAAUGACAUGCUGUUUCUGAGCAUGGCCAAAGCAUCUAGUCUUCAAGGUGCUUCAUUCUACAAAUGUAGGCACAAUCACUUUGACACGCCCGAACAGCUACGUUAUCCAAACGUGUGGUUACCAUUACUCUACUUCCAUUAGCAUUUUUUGGAAAGGCACAACUAAUAAUAUUACAUGCUAGAUGAUCCCAUAAGUCAUCAACUACAAUAAAGUACCCACUGUAAAUUUUGCACGAGUUAGUCAUACAUUAUAUCAGUAAGUGGUUACAAGGUGCAUAGAAAAUGAUCAUAAGUAAAAUGAAGGUAACAAAGGAUGAUGACACACGCCAGUACUAGAAAAAAAAGUAAUACUCAUAUAAAGGUCAUGUUUAUAAUCCUUAAAAAAAACUUAUAGAAAUCAAAAAAUUCAUCUUACAUCCACCGACCCCGUCCCUGCGCCUGAAGCAACCUGUUGAAACCCAAGAGCUU